UGAAAAUCUGACAGUCACUGAAAAAAUAGACCAAAGGCAACGCUCACCAAAGCCAACACUCACCAAGGUCAACACACACACUAGAUAGAGAGUUGCUCGCCCUGGUCCCCAAGUUUGAGCCGCGCACCGUUCGUUGGCUUUACGCUUGAAACAAUCGUUGUCUCUCUCCUCGAGCAGAAAAAUCAUGAACUUGGAAAGGCUACUCAUACAGCUAGUCUUAUUCAUGCUGCCACUAUCUUAUCGGUGCUCGCUUGUGAGCGGUCGGAGAAGUAUCUCUACACCAUCAUUUAUUGUCCGACGAACGGCUUCGAGAACGUAUUCGGCCAGUGGUUGGGGUUCUUCCGGACCACCGCUCAUGGCAUCAACGUUGCGUGUGCAGGGAGUCCCGACCAAUCUGGAACUGGUGGAACAACGGUUGGCGACAUUCCGUGCCAAAAAGGAUGCCCGUGGUCGGGCAGUACAGCAAUCUAACGAACGCAAUCAACGGCUCAAACGACUUCUAUACAACACUACGGAUAGUCACACCGUCCCCAUCUUGUACGCCAUUAAGGUUUCGGUAUGUGACGAACUCCGACAAGAGCUCAAGCUAUCGGGACGGGAAAAACGUGGACGCGUCUUUGUCGAACAAGAAUCGGCGGUGGUCACUUCCUUAAAUGCUCUCAAGUUUGAGCUACACUCAUUCUUCCGAGCCCUACGAAAAUCGUCCUUUAUAUUGUCGGCGGGAUUUCCCGUCAUCGAAGAAGACGGCACGAUCAUUAGUUCCGCCGAAAACGCGACCGAUGGGUUUUGGGACGUUACCACAGACGAGGAUGUGGCGCGGACUUUCCGGGUAGCCGAUGAGCUCUUUGCGGAAAAACGACACUUGCUGAAGCGACCGGCCAUUGUCAUCCACGUGCGCCGUGACCCCAACGCACCCUUACCCCCGCGGCCUCCAGCGUAUCUGCAGAGCAUGCCGGAUCCCAAUCAGAGCAAAUCCAUGACAAUGCUAAGCUUUUACGCCUUCCCGCCGGAGGGAAUUGCGGAUCCAGAAGACUUUGCCCAAACGUUGCGGAAACUUUGGAAACCUUUUCACGCACUUGGACGAGUCUACGUUGCACAAGAAGGCGUAAAUGCCCAAAUGAGUGUCCCAACCAAUGUCCUAGAGCAAUUUCGUACCUGCUGCCGUGAAAUACGAGAGCUCGGAACGUAUAUGGAGAACGGUAUCAAUAUCGAUCCAAAACCUUUGACUGUGGAGGAUUUUGCGACGGCCGGUGUUCCUGUCAACGGAAAGCCGGCACCUCCAUUCCGUAACCUGCAUGUUCGAGUCCGCAAUCAGAUUGUGGCAGAUGGGCUUGAUCAGUCUCUCGACUGGCAGUCAGCUGGAUACGACAUGCCUCCCAUGGAAUGGCAUGAAAAGGUCAAAGAAGCCAAGACUCUGCGUGAGGAGGGCAGGGAAGAAUUCGCUCCCCUGAUUAUUGAUUGUCGAAAUACAUACGAAACGAGUGUGGGACGAUUCGAAGGAGCCGAACCUCUGGAGACGGAAUCAUUUCGAGAAACUUGGGAGGUGCUCAAGGACCGUUUGGCGAGGACGCCCAAGGAUGCCCCCAUUAUGAUGUACUGCACCGGCGGAAUCCGUUGCGUCAAAGUUGGGGCGUACGUAACACAGGAAAUGGGCUUCACGAAUGUGUCACGAUUGGCUGGGGGAAUUAUUGCCUACGAUCGAAAGCUUAGCGAGGAGGCCAAGGAAGAAGAACCGAUGUUCAAAGGAACCAAUUUUGUGUUUGACGGAAGAUUGGGACGCGCAAUUACAGAUGAUACGUUGGGGAGCUGCAUAACUUGUGCAGCCGAGACAUCACUCGUGAGCAACUGCCUCAACGACAAUUGCCAUCAACGAAUGAUUCAGUGUCAGGACUGCAAAACUGCCUUCCAUGGCACAUGCUCAGAUGCUUGUCGCAAUAGAGUGCUCAACGGUUUGAUGAGUCCUCGGCGUGGAUUGGUAUCCUCAGGUGUAGCUUUGGAAAGUAAGACGGACUCGAUCGUCUACAGCUCUUUGGACGACUACAGUAUGGGUCAUUCGUCUCCAACUCCAUCAAUAUAUCGCGAACUUGAAUUCAAUACAAAGGCGCUCAUUCCGACUGGAUCGCAUAUGGUCUCAGGGGCGUCACAAGGGCGUCUCUUAGCGCAACUGGCUUCCAUGUCACGUGAGGGUCGCGUUCUGGAACUGGGGACUUUUACAGGAUACGCAACCGCUUGUCUUUUGGAAGGAGCCUCAAACGCUGCCAAUGUUAUAGGGAUGACACGUGGCAACCGUGAGAGUGGUGCUUUUGUUAUGAGUAUGGAAAGGGAUCAACGCGCUUUUGACGUAGCGGUAGCACAGAUGAAAAUUCUGGCAGGAAGCGGGCAUGGUGAAGAAGCCUCCGAAGCCUUAUGUGCUCUACGAAAUGGUGGACUAGACAGGAUUCCGUCCAAUAUCAAGAAAUUUGUCAGACUAGAGUAUGACGGAGGCACGGUGGGAUGCGAACUGUUCCACGUUACCGAUGCAUUGGCUACCAUGGAAGAGAUGGCAGCGGGUAGAGGCGAUGUUCAGCCAGCCCCUUUCGACUUGGUCUUUGUAGAUGCCGACAAAACGCGGCUUUUGGAAUAUACGGAAGCUUGCUUGUCCAGUGAUCGUGUUUUGAAAAAAGGCGGUUUCAUAGUGGUCGACAAUGUCCUUUGGAAGGGAUUGGUACUAGAAGCUUCUGCUGGGCAUUUUGCCUCCAUGGUGGAAGACGAAACGACGGAAGAGCUGGAGCGACGGAAGAAUCGCCGAGCCCGAAAACUGGCAAACAAAAUGCACCGCUUCAACAGCGAAAUUGUAAGGGAUCCACGGGUAGAGGUAUUAGUACUACCCAUACGAGACGGGCUGAGUGUGAUUCGGAAAAAAUAACGCAAUUAAAAAUAAAAACGGAAGUCUUGAUCUAAUUCGUACUUGGACUUUCCUCUUGGCUCUGGUCUUGUGGAUGGCCUUCCAGCUUACUGGCAACCUUCUCGGCCACCCAAAAGACCGCUUUGCCGACAUUGUUGACCCCGCGUUCGACUAGAUUGUGCCGUUUCACAAAGUCAGCUGUCACCGUCCAGCCGUAAACGAAGGUUUGCUUGGUCUUCUCUAAAAUACCGUGUGUUUGAUCAAUCUGUUGUGCCUUUUCCCAAGUUUCUUGAACAACAACUUUGGAUCGGUCCACAAUGUGAUGUUCUUCGUCGAUUCGUCGAGCUUUGGAACGGGCUUCCAAGGCGAUUUCACCGACGGCUCUUGCCGUAUCACCCGCCGCGCCGGGCUUAUUACAGGCAUAGGCCGCCCCUAGGCCCAACAACAAGCCGAAGAGCGGUCCGCCUAACAGUCUGUAGGAGAACGGAAAAUAGAAUCGAGGGUGAGGAAUCACGAUAAGGUUGUUCAAGAUAUUGUGUCGCAUCAUCAUCAAAUAAAACGUACAGUCCGAAUACCCCCGAAGCGACCCCAGCUCCGACAACAGUUUCCUCCUUCCUCAAUUCUUCUUCAGUUGGGAAAAGGGGAAUAUCGUCGUCGUAUUCGUGCAUCGUUGGGUCACUCGGUAGGGAAGACGCAUCCUGAUCCUCAUCGUCGAUGAUGGUUGCGUCCAAACUUAGUAUAUCCACCGGUGCGGGGUGAGCUUGCACCAAAGGAGCUUCGUCCUCUUCGUGGCCUUGGUCGUAUACUGAUGUCUUCGUUUCGGUCAUGGUGCAGUGUGGUGGGGUCCCUCUUGUUCGGUGCCUUGUCGGUGUGCGGCGGCUGUUGGAUGUGGUAUCUUCUUG